CCUGCUGUCACCUCCGCUCGUGGUGCAUUACUGGGAGAAGGCGGUUGGUUCGCUCGAGUUAUCCGCGGUGGGUGUUUAAUCAUGGCGCUAGCGGCAUCUCGGCCAUUCCUGUCGGAAGGUGGUUAUGGAGAGCAGGAAAUGGACGCCAACUCUGCUCUGAUGGAGCUGGAUAAAGGUCUGAGAUCAGGGAAACUUGGUGAGCAAUGUGAGGCAGUUGUUCGUUUCCCUAGGUUGUUUCAGAAGUACCCAUUUCCAAUUCUUAUAAACUCUGCUUUUUUGAAGCUUGCAGACAUCUUCAGGGUUGGAAACAACUUUUUGAGGAUGUGUGUGUUGAAAGUCACUCAGCAGAGUGAAAAGCACUUGGAGAAAAUCUUGAAUGUUGAUGAAUUUGUGAAGAGAGUCUUCUCGGUCAUCCACAGCAAUGAUCCAGUAGCUAGAGCCAUCACUCUCCGAAUGCUGGGAAGUAUGGCUUCGAUUAUUCCUGACCGAAAAAAUGCUCAUCACAGCAUUCGGCAAAGUCUAGAUUCACAUGAUAAUAUUGAAGUAGAAGCUGCCAUUUUUGCUGCUGCCCAUUUUUCUGCACAAUCCAAAGAUUUUGCUGCAGGAAUUUGCAACAAGAUUGGUGAAAUGAUUGAAGGAUUAGCUACACCUGUGGAUCUGAAGUUGAAAUUGAUCCCCAUUCUGCAGCAUAUGCAUCAUGAUGCUACCCUCGCUUCCAGCACUCGAGUUCUUCUGCAGAAAUUGGUUGCAUUGUACCCUUCCACCAAGAUGGUAAUAGUUACACUUCAUACUUGUACGCAACUAGCUGCAUCUUCACUGGUUGAUAUUCCAAAGCAGAUUCAGCUUUUGCUGCAAUAUUUGAAGGAAGACCCCAGAAAAGCUGUGAAGAGACUCUCUUUUCAAGAUCUGAAAUUGUUGGCUCAUAAAACACCACACAUGUGGAGCAGAGAUAACAUUCAGUCACUGUGUGAAUGUGCCCUUCAGAGCCCUUAUGACAACUUGAAAUUGGGUACGCUUUCUGUUUUGUCCACAUUGUCUGGAACUAUUGCUAUGAAUCAGUACUAUUACAAUUCGCAAGGAAACACUACUGCUCCUGUGCAUCCUGAUGACCUGAUAAAACUUGUGCAAGAGUGUUGUUACCAUAGCAACUGUGCACUUGCAGCCCACAGUGUUACUGUUCUGACAAAUAUAGCUUCCUGCUUGGAGAAAGAUUUUUUGUCUUUGGAACAGGAUGCAGUAUUUGCACUGGAGUCUCUCCUAGUUCUUUGCAGCCAGGAAAAUGGUGUAGGAGCACAGAAUGCUUUAAAGACUGCAUUUACUUGCAUGGUAAAGUUGACACGUAGUCGCCCUCACCUGAGUCAGCCUGUGGUUGAAUCUCUGCUGACCCAACUACAUAAUGCACAGGACACUGCUCGUAUUCCAAUGUGCCAUAGCCUUGCAGCUAUAGCAAUGCAGUUGCCUGUCUUGGGCGAAGGAAUACUAGGAGAACUGAUGGAAUUGUAUAAAAUGAUUGGAUCUUCAUCAACAGACAAACAACAAGAACUUCUGGUAGCGUUGGCUGCAGUCAUUUUUGUAGCCAAUCAGAAAACUUUGUCUUCUGAAGUCAAAGGUGUCAUAAAACAACAAUUGGAAAAUGUAGCCAACGGCUGGACAGUUUACAGAAUUGCUCGGCAGGCCUCCAGAAUGGGAAACCAUGAUAUGGCCGGAGAUCUUUACCAUGGCUUGUUGACGCAGGUGGCUUCCGAACAUUUUUACUUCUGGAUAAACAGUUUGAAGGAAUUCUCGAGAGCAGAGCAAUGUCUGGCUGGCCUACAGGACAGUGAAUCCAGUGUUGCACUAGCCCGUAUUGCUGAAGCUUUAAAAUAUUAUCAGAGGGGCAUAGCUUCAUUGACAGCUGCGAGCACACCUUCCAACCCCUUGACAUUUCAGUGUGAAUUUGUCAAACUGCGGAUUGACAUGCUGCAGGCAUUCUCUCAGUUGAUUUGUACCUGUAACAGCCUGAAAACCAGUCCUCCACCUGCGAUUGCUACAGCAAUUGCUAUGGCAUCCGGAAAUGAUUUACAGAGGUGUGGCCGCAUUACCAACCAGAUGAAGAUAUCAAUGGAAGAGUUCAGAAGCUUGGCAACACGCUACCAUGACCUUUAUCAGUCAUCUUUUGAUGCUGACUCUGCUACCUUGAGAAAUGUUGAGCUACAACAACAAAGUUGCCUACUGAUUUCCCACUCUAUUGAAGCUCUAAUCCUAGAUCCGGAUUCUGCUAGUUUCCAAGAAUAUAGUUGUAGUGGGAAUGUGUACGCAGAGAGUGAAUAUGAAAGAAGCAUGCUGUCUGUGUUUGCUCAGGUCCUGGAGGAUGUUGAGGCCCUGAACAGAAAGUACCCUCCAGUUUCCUACUUGCACACCAUGUGCCUUUGUCGAGCUAUCAUUUCCUUGUUGAAGGUUCCCUUGUCAUUUCAGAGAUAUUUCUUCCAAAAGAUUCAGUCCACUAGCAUUAAGUUGGCACUAUCGCCUUCUCCUCGCACUCCAACUGAACCAAUCACUGUACAGAAUAACCAGCAACUGGCCCUGAAAGUAGAAGGUGUUAUCCAGCAUGGCUCCAAGCCUGGCUUCUUUCGGAAAAUUCAGGCAGUUUGCCUAAACGUCUCAUCCUCACUGCAGACCAAAGGUGUACAGGAUUAUAAGGUAUUGCUGGAGAAUAUGACGAAUGAAGUAGAGCAGCGGGUGGAGCCCCAUAACGACUAUUUCAGCACUCAGUUCCUGUUGUGUUUUGUUGCACUUGGGAACCACAGUGUUACUGUUGAAGCAUCUGUCAUUGAUUCUAAUGGCAUAAUUUGGAAAACAGGACCCAGAACUACUAUUGCUGUCAAAUCCAUGGAGGAUCCAUUCUCUCAGCAAUUACGCCUGCAGCAGCAACAACAGCAGUCACAACAGUCACAGCUGCAAAGGAACGCACUCUGCAGAUUUUAGUGACGAAUCAUUUCAACUUGGGAAAUAUGCUUUGUGAAUAUUUUGUCAGGUAAUAAGGACUUUGUUAAAUAUCAGAUGAUCAGCUUAACAUUGGUUGAGGAAUAUCAGGGAUGUAAUUCUUCCUUCAAAUUCCCUAAUGUUGUAUUAAACAGUUUACUCUGAAUUAAACUCUGUUUUUUUGCAA